GCAGCGACACGGGGUUGGCAGCCGCGGAUGGCCACGGCGCUGGGCUCCUGAGCCGGCGGGGGCCAUGAGCACUGCCCGGCCCCAGUUCAGUAUCGAUGACGCCUUCGAGCUGUCCUUGGAGGACGCAGGCCCUGGGCCCGAGUCCAGUGGGGUCGCCCGCUUCGGGCCGCUGCACUUCGAGCGCCGGGCCCGAUUCGAGGUGGCCGACGAGGACAAGCAGUCCCGGCUGCGCUACCAGAACCUGGAGAAUGAUGAGGAUGGAGCCCAGGCCUCUCCAGAGCCGGACGGGGGAGUCAGCACCAGGGAUUCUGGCCGAACAUCCAUCCGCAGCUCCCAGUGGUCCUUUAGUACCAUCAGCAACAGCACCCAGCGCUCCUACAAUGCCUGCUGCAGCUGGACUCAACACCCUUUGAUCCAGAAGAACUGCCGGGUAGUGCUGGCCUCCUUCCUGCUCCUGCUGCUGGGGCUGGACAUAUCUCAGCCCGGCAGGUGCCCUGCUCUGAAAACACAGAGCUUGGUGAGCUUCCCAGGGAGGAUGUCUGUCCAGGGGGCCGCACGCUUAGGUGGGGGGCACCAUUCCUCAGGACCAAACCAUGUUGAGGGUUGCGGGUGGAGGUCCCUGCCCUGCCGCUGUCCCCAGCUCCCACCCUCACCCUCGCGGCUCCAUCUGUGUGCAGCGCUGAUCCUGAUCGGCGUGGGACUGGAGGUGGCGCCCUCACCAGGUGUCUCCAGCGCCAUCUUUUUCGUACCCGGCUUCCUGCUGUUGGUCCCGGGAGUCUACCACGUGAUCUUCAUCUACUGCGCGGUCAAGGGCCACCGGGGCUUCCAGUUCUUCUACCUGCCCUACUUCGAGAAGUGAGCCGCGCCCAGCACCCUGGCCACAGCACCUUCCUGCAAAGGCUGAGGAAAGGAUUGACCCUGGAAGAGAAGGGCUCCAGACCAGCCAUGUCCCCAUUAUACACAUAACGGGCCUGCUGCUGAAAGACUUGCCUGAUGUCACCCAGUGUGUCAGGAGCAGAGCUGGGCCUGGGACUCUUCUGCCCUGCAAGACUGAAGAAGGCUUAUCUAGCCCCCGUGGUCCCCCAGCCAUUAGCAGAGUGGGCCCUGCCCAUGCCUUUACCUGGGGGGCCAGUGUGGGUGCCUGCCCUGGUGGCCGUGGCCGAGGGCACGCAGAUGACGCAGGCCUGGGGCCUAGAGACUGGUAUCCUGAUUCCAGCCUGGCUCUGGGGCCCUGGGCUGCUGCAACCAGCUCCUAAUGUGGGCUGUUACAAGGCAGCAGCCCAGCCCCCUCCCCAUGCUGCCCUACUUCGCAGCCCAGGGGUUGGGAGAAAUAGAAGGCAGAGGAUAUGGCAAACAGGACCCAAUGGCAGAGAACCUCAGUGUCUGAGAUUCUUAGAACCGCAGAAUAUUGGAAACAGAACAUCUCAGAAUUUCAAAAAAUCAGCAUCUCAGAAUCCUAAGAACCAAGAAAAUAAUCUUCUAGAACCUUGAAGCUAUCAUGUAUCAAACACCAAGAAGUUACCAAGUCCUAUGCUAAGCACUUCAACACAGGUUAUUUCUGGUGAUCUUAACCACCUUACACAUGUGGAAACAGAGGCCUAGAGAGAGGCAGAGUCGGGACCAUAACCCAGGACUUCCAUGGGAGCGGCUGGGAGGCACUGAGCUGGAGUGGUCCCCAGCCCACCAAUAGCCAAACAAGUGUGGGCUGAGGAGACCCAGAUGCUUACAUAUCUACAGUGUCUCCCCCAGUAAAAGGUGAGUGCCGUUAAGAAGGAGCAUUGCUAGGUCUGGCCUCUACUGUGUCUGCAGCAGCCAAGGCAGCACCUCCAGAUUCUAUACCUUUGUUGAAAGAAUGAACCCCCAGAUCUACACAGACGUCCCACCAUCGGCCCCCCAGGCAAGGCACUUUUGGGGGGCACCCAGCAGGAUGCAGGUACUCCUAAACUAGUGGCUCUCCAACUAGUUGUGGUAAAGGAUCAUUUUUCAUUUCUAAUCUAUCAGACCAAUACUUCUGUUAGAUAAAAUAAAAAUUAGAAAAGUGAACUAUAAAAGCCCACAGUUUGUAUUACCAUAUUAUUCAGACAUAAAAUUAAAUUUUAAUAAAUAUAAUCAGAAUGAACAUAGGAAAACAGGUUAUGAAAACCAUUCAUUGAAAGUGAGCAAAUAGGCAAUGAACAGAGAGUUGCUACCGCCCUCAUAACUUCUUGCCAUUCCACAAUCAUAAUACCAAAAGUUAUCCUGGCAGUGAUGAGGCUUGAUGUUGUAAGACUGUCUCAGGAGUCAGCAGGCUACAGCCAUUGGGCCUGCUAUGACCCCCAAGCUAAGAAUGGGUUUUACAUUUUAGUAAUGCUUCAGAAAAAGUCAAGAAUAAUAAGAUUUGGUGACAAAUAAAACUAUGAAAUUCAAAUUUCAAUGUCAACAAAUCAAGUGUAAUUAUUAUUUAUUACGUUUCCAACACAGCCACACCCAUCUGUUGACUGGCUGCUUGGAGAUACAAAUUACAACAGCAAAGUUGAGCAACUGAGAGACAGAAACCAUGUGGUCAUCAAAGUCUAAAAGCUUUACUAUCUGGCCUUUCAAAGAAAAGGUUUGCCUACCUAUGGUCUAUACAAACACUUUGACAGAACUCUGUGAUCACACAUUUAAAGUUUUAAUGAGACCAAUGUGCUUGAUUGCUGCUGGUUAAUUUAUAUAACAGCCCAAGUUGGACUGACAGUAACACUAUCUUCCGGGAAUAGUAAAUAUCUAAACUCUAAAUCUAAUUUCUUUUGAGUUGGAAAAUACAUUAAUGGUUCCAUGCAGAUUAGGAACAUUAGAUUUCCUUACUGAGCUGUGACUCAGCUUAUCCCCACUGCCUUUUGCCUCAGCCCAUUUUUGUCUGAUAUGCCUGUAGUUACACUAGCUUUCAUUUGGUUAACUUCUGCUAGUAAAUCUUUUUCCCAAGCCAUCACUUUCAGCCUGUCUAUUGUCAUUAUACUUUGAACCUGUCUCUUAGAGUCUGCACUCAGCUGUAGGGGAGAGCCUAAUAUCUGCCCUCUGGUAUGUGUUCUCUGCCCUUGCAGUAGAAGAACCUCUGUUUUUUGACUGGACACAUGGUCACCCAAAACAAAGACUGCAUUUCCCAGCAUCCUUUGCAGCUAGGUGUACCAGCUGAGGCCUGCCUCACGGGGUCUGAGUGACUCAUCUCUUUGCCUCCUUUCCUCUUUGUUCCUGCCUCUGUCCUGCCACCUGGAAAGUAAACAAAUGUGGGCCCACCCUAGGAAUGGCAGAGCAGCCAGCAAGAACCUGGUGCCUGAAGACCAUACAGCUGCAUUUCACCUACGACUUUUCCUGUGGGGAAAAUUAACUACUAUCUACUUUAUUGUUGAGUCUCUGUCACUCAUGGAGAACACAAUCUGAUAUUGAUACUUUUCUUCUGAGACUGAGACUCUCUGACUUUUAACCAAAAAACUUAAUCUAUUUAUAUUUAUUGUAAUUUUUGUGUGUUUUUUUUAAGGAUUAUUUCUAUUUUCUAUUUUAAUGUUUUCUAUGGACUUGUUUUUCUUUGCUUUUUUUCCUCCGUCCCAACCUUCUACUGGCUUAAUACGAAGUCUUCACUAUCCCCCUUUUUCUCCUCUAUUGAUUUGACUAUUGAACAGAACAUCCUAUCUCUAUUUCUGUUUUAUUAAUAGGUACCCUUAAAAGGUUAACAAAGUUUAAAGUUAAUAAAUGAAUCUAUCCUCUUCUAGGAAAAAAAAAUAUUUCAGCAUGUCUAAAGUAUCUCCUCCUAACUUCCAUUUUAUUUGUUUCUAUUAUUUUAGUCCAUCUGUUUUUAAAAUCCUCCAAUUUAAUUUUUUUACAGUUAAUGCUUCUUUAGAACUACCAAUAUGUUAACUGAUU